GGCCUCUUGAGUUUGGGCGUAAUUAAUGCAACAUGCUAGUCAUGGAAGGAGCAGAACAACAAGCCAACCCGACGCCUUGGUUAAGGACGCCAACAGCAGGAUAACUAGGCCGCCACACUCAACAUGCUCAGCGCCUGGCGCUAAUCACGCUGCAAUGCUGAACUGGACGGCAGGAACUGGCGGAUGUGCGUACCGAAUAGCAGCCUCGUGGCUUGUGGUUUAAGGUGAGUAAUAAAAGAGCCUAGCGAUGGUUAAUAAUCCAACUCACCACCCAAAAUGCCAACCACUCCACUCUCUUUUGCUCUGAUCCAACUCUGGAUCGCCGAUCCAGCGCUGCCAUGGUCCAAUCCGGUAUGGCAGUCUCUAACACGCAUUCCUGGCGACCCGUGGGCGUACGACCAUGGUAGGGGUGUAACCCAUGUCGCUGAAUGGACAGUGGACACGGCUCAGGCAGUCGAAGCCUUCAUGAAUAAAUGUAGGGCGGCCGAGGAUCCCGCAGAGCACGCUGUGAAAGGGAAGGAUAAAGACCAUGAAGGUCGUACUGCGUGGAAUGCCUGGGUUAAGACGUCAUGGGCCAAAUGGAACAUCAACAAACUGGUUGACUGCAUCUUAGAAGAAAGUGGUUGCGAGCCGCAUGUUGUCAUGGCAAGGUUGAAGUGCAAAAUCACCGAUGAUUUUCCGACGAUGGAAGCUGCGCAGUUGAAGCAUGCCAUUUCCGUCAAAUUGGCCGAUGCAUUGUUCGGUGACGAUGCAUUCACCGACGGAACCUUCAUUGUGCCAUCCAUCAUGACAUUUAUCACCGCAUUGUUGGUUAUCAAACGGCAGGUCGACAGUAUCGAGAAGAAGGGUCAGGAAGUUGAAGAGCAAUGGCUAGUCAUGACGGCCGCAAACUCAAAACUUACCUUAGUCAGCAUCCGCGCCUACCUGAAGAAGGUGGAAUCCUUGGUCGCACUUGUUAGCUUAUUCAAUGACCAGGAAAUGAUCGAGGACCUCAUUGCGCGUCGUGAGCAAGUCAACGCGAUGCUGACCGCUGUCGAGAAAUAUCCCAUCGAGGCGGAAUCUAUGGCAUGUGAGUGGGGUUUCAAAUCUACAAUAUAAACCAAAUAUUGAGUGUACUCGUUUGGAUCGAUUAAGUUCGACAAAUGAUAUUGUGGGUUUUACUGAUUACAUUGCGCUCGGGUGCACUAUAAACGUUGACAUCUUGAAACCUGGUUGCAGACAUCACACGUCGAACUACAAACGUCCACUCCCCAGUGAUGAAGUUUCUGAGCCGGACAAGAAAAAAUCGCGUUAUGAAGCUGGUGCAAGUUCCUCUCUCAAGUAUGAAAAUUGCUGACAGAACUAUAGGUUUCUUUCUGCGACUCCGUAUCUUGGUCCAGUUUACGGUUACUAUUUGUUUCCUCGUAUCUUAUAGACUCUUAAUUGCAAUAGCACACAUGGAAGACAUGAAGUAACAAA